AUGGCUAUUGGAACUGUCCUGAUCACCGGUGGCACCGGAUACAUUGGCUCCUUCACGACGCUCGCUCUCCUCGAGCACGGCUACGAUGUCGUGAUUGUCGACAACCUAUACAACUCCUCAGAGGUCGCUCUGGAUCGCAUCGAGCUCAUCUCUGGUCGCCGUCCCCACUUCUACAAGGUCGACAUCACUGACGAGAAGGGCCUUGAUGAUGUCUUCUCCAAGCACCCCGAAAUCGACAGUGUUAUCCACUUUGCCGCCCUCAAGGCUGUUGGCGAAUCUGGCGAAAUUCCCCUCGAGUACUACCGUGUCAACGUCGGCGGCAGCAUCUCCCUCCUCCGCUCCAUGGCCCGCAACAAUGUCACCAACAUCGUCUUCUCCUCCUCCGCCACCGUCUACGGCGAUGCCACCCGCUUCGAGAACAUGAUUCCCAUCCCCGAGCACUGCCCCCGCGGUCCUACCAACGUCUACGGUCGCACCAAGAACAUCAUUGAGGAUGUCAUCACCGACCAGAUCAACGCUCAGCGCAACAACCUGAAGAAGGCAGGCAAGCCUUUCGAGCAGUGGAACGGUGCUCUCCUUCGCUACUUCAACCCCUGCGGUGCUCACCCUAGCGGUAUCAUGGGAGAGGACCCCCAGGGCGUUCCUUACAACCUGCUGCCUCUUCUUGGCCAGGUCGCUACUGGCCAGCGUGAGAAGCUUCUCGUUUUCGGCGACGACUACGCAUCCCGCGACGGCACCGCUAUCCGAGACUACAUCCACGUCCUGGAUCUCGCCAAGGGCCACCUUGUCGCCCUCAACUACCUUCGUGAGAAGAAACCCGGUGUUAAGGCCUGGAACUUGGGCUCGGGCCGUGGCUCCACCGUCUUCGAGAUGAUCAAGGCCUUCAGCUCAGCUGUCGGCCGUGAUCUCCCCUAUGUCGUCCACCCUCGCCGUGACGGUGACGUCCUGGAUCUCACUGCUAACCCUACCCUGGCCAACGCGGAGCUCAACUGGAAGACCGAGCUGCCCAUGGAGAAGGCCUGCGAGGAUCUCUGGCGCUGGGUCAGCAACAACCCUCAGGGCUACCGCCAGGAGCCCCCAGCUGAGCUCAUCGCAGCCGUCAAGGCCUCCAAGGCUUAG